CAGUCCCAGCUCUCUCACGCUCCAGCAGGAAUUUAUUGUUAACUUUGAGUUCAGUGUGACUUGUGCAGAGUGGGAGGACAGUAUGGCAACAUGUAAGCAGGGCUAAAAUGAGAUGGGAAACUUACUGACCUGACCAAGUGGAUUGUACGGCUUUGCUUUUUUGUGUUUGUUUGCACAGUUUAAAUACCUACAAUUGUCAACAUGAACCAGAGAGGAAGAACUAGAAGUUGUGAUACUUUUCUUAGCAUAAAGGACUCUGAAUCACUUGAUACCUGCAUCCAGAAUACACUGUCUGCGCUCUACCCACCAUUCAAUGCCACUGCGGCUACAGUGCUGUGGCAGCUGUUCAGCGUUGUUGAGAAAUUAUACCGUGGUGAUGGGCUUCGGUGCCUGAUUGAUUUCCUUCUCCCUGCCAAGAGGAUACUGCAGUCCAUUCAGCAGGAAACAUGCGCAAGGUUCCAUGGUCUCAUUUUUUAUCAUGAAGGAUGGCCGCUGUGCAUUCAUGAGAAGGUUGUUGUACAGUUAGCUUCCCUCCACAAAAUAAAACUGAAACCUGGGGAUUUCUACAUACAAAUUGUUCCUCUGGGAAAGCAGUCUGUCAAACUGGUCCUAAAAUGUCUAUCGGGGAACAACCAAGGUAUCGAGGAAGUACUUAUUCCAGAAACCAUGUAUGGGUGUAUCUUCACAAUUGAAUUCCUGCAAAAUGUAACUUGUGGAAAAAACUGCUCCCCACUUCAAAACUGUUUGUUGACCACCGGGACUGUGGUUUACAGAACACCUUGGAAAAACAUAGUGAAUCCCAUUUUUAUUGCCACAACUGAAAGCAUUAUGCAGAACUAUAAAGGUAAUUCAAUUCACAAUAACUUAAAAAAAUCUUCUGACAAUGUGACGGAUACUAUGGAAAAUCACAGUUCACAAGACAGCUUCACUUCUGAAGAUACAGAUUCAACUGUUGUAGAAGCAACCCUGCAAGAUAAUCACAGAAACCAGGGGAAUAAUUCUCCUGCAGAGAUGUUACCCAAACUGGAGACAAGCCCAUUAACUAAAGACAUUGACGGAGAUGUUCAUCUUGAAAACCCUGUUCUGGCUACAAAAGGUGUAGAUGGAGUUUUGUCCUUGGCCAACACAGAGAAAGGAAAUGAGCUUAGGGAAAAUCAAUUGCCAUCUCUGAAAUCUGACAGUAGAGGUGGCACACGGACACUUUCAUUUAAUACUGACCUAAGCCAUCCAGGGCCAGCUAGAAGACAGCUCAGGGAUUCCCUAUAUUUUGAAACAAAACGGUUGUUUAGGAAGUCGUACAUGGAGGCCUUACAAAAUCCAAUGCACCUCGGCUCUAGCUCUGAGGAGUCAAUAACAGAGGCUACAGAGCAAAAUGCUGGACAAGCAACUAAAGACAUUUCCUUGAAUGUGUCCAAAAACAGGACUCCUGACAAUUGUAACCAAAAGCGGGACUCCCUACCCUGUAGCCUUCCAUGUCGAGUGCAGUCAGGGGAGGCCCCCUAUGGACACCAUUGUGAAGCUUCUAGACCACAUACAUCACAAGGAACUUCUCUCAGUGAAGGCUUUAGGCUAGAAUACAAGCGAUCCAAAUCUUUGGACAGGGCACAUCAGAAUUCACAGGCUAAAGGUCACAGAGCACGGUCGUCCUCGGGUGAUUCAGCCAACAGAAGUCCCAAAAGGAAUCUAAAUGGAUAUGCCCUAAGGCUUGUAAAGCUAGAUUUUGAGGGAGCGUUUUCCAGCUCUGAGAAAAGGCCAAACUGCAGUAAAGAGGAUUCAGCAGAUUUUCUUCAUCCUUGUACCACAGAGGGGGCGAUUAGAAGAAACAGUGGUGAACUUUGUCACACUCCAAACACGCCCAGCAGAGUGUCUAAAUGUGAAACUGCACUUCAGCAAAUGCUAGCAUCAGAUUCUGAGCCCAGUCUGCCAAGUCAAGCAUCAGAGGUCAACCAGGAGCUUCUCUUAUCUAGAGGUGUCAUAUUACCAGGAAACAGAGACCGGUAUGGCCAUGCUGUCAUACAAGUCUGUACGCGAAACAAAAUCUGGAUAAAUGAAAACUGCACAGCAAAAGGGCUGACUCGUCUUAUUAUGUAUUACUACAUCACUCUUCGAAAAGACCAACGUGGAUUAGGGCUGACUGUCUUAGUGGAUGCCCGGCGAUACCCACCUGUUUCUGUACUCUUCAUGGCCUUUACAGAAAUCCAGGCACUCUUUCCAAACAUACUUUACUCCAUCCUGAUGCUCGUUGACAAAGAGGCAGCCUUUAAACCAGAGAGAGAUUCUGUAAUACAGUAUGAAGUCCUGACAUCACUGAAAGCACUGCACAAACACAUUGAUCUGAAUCAACUGACACAAGAGUUUGAAGGGACGUUUCCUUACGAUCACAGUCAAUGGAUACAGUUCAGAAGGAAAAUAGAGCCCUUUGCAAGUAGCUGCAAUGUAGCCAUCGCCUCCCUACAGAGCUCCAUCACUACCUUACACUCCAGCAGCACCCUGAACACAGUACAGGAAGUUGUUGACCUAAUAAACAAACAGAAAUCCUUGAUGAAGUAUGUACUGGAUGAUACACGGCUAGUGAGACUGAGGCUUGAGGGAGGUACCAUUCUAGCAAGACUCAAGAAGGAAGAGUUCUGUGAUACUGAGGAUUAUAGGGACUCCAUUGAGAUGGUCACUGCGUUGUAUAAUCAGGUGGAUGAGGAAGUGCACAAACUGGUAAUACUGUCUAACAAGUCACUGCAGCAGCUGGAAAGCCUCCUUGAGCUACGGAAAUUUGAGGAAGGAUGUGACCAGAUUAAACUGUGGUUCAAAACAGAGGGAGAGGCACAUCUUGCUCCUCUGGAUUCCUUGUCUUUUGAUUCACUAAAGCAAAUGCAACAACGUUUCAGUGUCUUUCAUGAAGAGUUUGGGCACCACUACAAACAAGGGCUGUGCUUGAUCAAAGAUUCAAAGAGCAUAAACAGCUGCUCGCUUUUUGAUGCUGUGCAUCUCGAAGAAAAAGUGCAGAACUACCAACAGUUUUUGAAUACAAUCCUUAGCAAGAUUGAAAAGCGGAAGAAUGAGUUGGAAAUACUGGUGAACCUGUAUGAGUUUUAUGAUACGGCUAACCAAUGGAUGGAGCACUGCAAUGAUUAUUGCAACCAGCUGAAUGUGGACAACAGCUCGUGCCUUUUCUCACCAACAGUGGUCCAAACCUUGCAGAACUACCACAGAGAAGCAACAAAAUUCUCACCAGAUAAUUACCGCAGGCUGGACGAAAUGGUUUUAAAUCUGAACAGUGCUAAGGAGACGAAGCAGUGGAAUACCCACUGGUUGAAAUGCCAAAAUACCCGCCGUUGUUUGGAAGAAGUACUGUCUAAAGUCACAACAGUACCAAAAGACUGUAAGGGAGGAACUGCUUCCAGAAUGUCAUCAGACGCCAGUCCCAGAACUAGUGGAGAGUACAACUGUGAAGGACUUAGAGAGCCUUCUUUCACACAUGUUAAUGAUAACAGAAUAUAUCCUGGGCAAAUGAAUGUGGAAUCCAAUGUAAUGUUUGAGCAUGAGGAUAUAAACCAAAAUUCCAAUGUGUUUUCUGAAAACACUCCUUUAUUUCCACAAUCUUUUUCUUCAGAGUCUGAACGAUUCACCAAGUCUGUGUCUGUGUUUGACGAUACCGAUAGUGACUGUACCUUGGAUUCUUCCUCUGCCUCUUGCCGGUCCGAACCCAUUUCCUCUCCAGCUGCCCGUCACAGAAAACAGCCGUUAAAAAAAAUAAUGAAGAAGACUUUUACUUAUGACAUGUCCCAAAGAGAGAGCAGCCACAUGGAAACCAAUCACAAUGGAUACACCAGGGUUUAUAUUAAAGGACUGGAAGUAGUCAAUAAUGUGGCUGCUGAAAAGAAAAUACAGAGGCCUGACAUACAAAGCCCCCAGUUGGGUCGAAGUCGUAGCUUAUCAUCGCCACCUAGAAUGCACUGUAGACAUUCAGAUGAGGGCAAAAAGUUGAACAGCAGCAAAGUGCAGCACAUCAUGGAUGAAAUGAUCUCCACAGAGAGGGAGUAUGUACGAUCUCUUGGUUACAUCAUUGAAAAUUACUUCCCCGAGAUGGAGAGAAUGGACUUGCCUCAGGAUCUCAGAGGGAAACGCAACAUUAUAUUUGGAAAUCUGGAAAAGCUGUAUGAUUUUCACAGCCAGUAUUUUCUCAAAGACCUGGAGCACUGUGUGGAUUGUCCGUUGUUUGUCAGCAGUUGUUUUCUCAGACAUGAAGAGCAAUUUGGGAUGUAUGCUUUAUACAGCAAGAACAAGCCACAAUCUGACACCCUGCUUGCCAGUCAUGGAAAUAGCUUCUUCAAAAAUAAACAAUUAGAAUUAGGUGAUAAGAUGGACUUGGCUUCCUACCUGUUGAAACCUAUUCAAAGAAUGAGCAAGUAUGCCCUGCUUCUCAAGGAUAUGAUUAAAGACUGCAGCAAAUCACAGGAGCAGGAACUCUCUGACCUGCAGGCCGCUGAAGAAAUGGUGAAGUUCCAGCUGCGCCACGGCAACGACCUUCUGGCAAUGGAUGCUAUCAGAGGAUGUGAUGUCAAUUUAAAAGAGCAAGGACAGUUGAGAUGCCAAGAUGAAUUCAUUGUGUGGUGUGGACGGAGGAAAAACCUUAGGCAUGUCUUCCUCUUUGAAGACCUGAUUCUUUUCAGUAAAACAAAAAAGAUUGAUGGAGGAUAUGACGUCUACAUUUACAAACAGUCUUACAAGACAGCAGAGAUUGGCAUGACAGAAAAUGUUGGAGAUAGUGGACUUCGGUUUGAGAUCUGGUUUCGAAGAAGAAAAUCCCAGGACACAUUUAUUCUACAGGCCAGCGCCAGUGAAGUUAAAGCAGCUUGGACCAACAUAAUAGGGAAAAUCCUGUGGAGGCAAGCCCUGCGAAACCGGGAACUACGGAUGCAGGAAAUGGUGUCGAUGGGAAUAGGCAGUAAGCCAUUUAUGGACAUUAAACCCAGUGCUGCUGCCAUCAGUGACAGAGCUAUUGAUUAUAUCAUGAAGGGAACAGAAUCCAGAACUAGAGCUUCUAUAGCAGUGUCUUCAUUUGACCACUCAACACCGUUCAAAAGGCCACAUUCGACUAUUUCCAGCAGUAGCACCUCCUCUUCAAGUAGCCAGUCUUCUUCUUCCAUACUUGGAUCAUUAAACUUGCACACGUAUCCUAGCCCAACUUUCAAUCACUGGUCCUACGACAUUGGAACCUGUAUCGAGGAAGACGAACUGGAGCAGGAAACUGGAAGUCAGCCUUCUAUGAUUACAGAGAGUUCUGAGACCUCUUCACAGUGCACGUCAAGUGAGAGCAUGAGCGGUUUAAGCCAUUUAGCUCCCAACUGCCAUUCACAGCUUCCAAUAGAGACGUUCUCAGACGAAGGGGCUUCUUAUCUUUGCUCUCAACCACCUUCACAAUCCACAUCCCCAGCACUAUUUCAGAAAAACACCGAUCUUAAACAGCCCACUAACCAGUACAUCACUGCAAGCAAGACCACUAAUAUAGCAAUAGGCCUCUCAACAGUGGUUUGACUGAAAGGUUUUUAGCUCACUAUGAAAAGGCUUUGAAGACUCUUGUCAAAUUGCAACGUACUUGAAUACAACAUAAACCAGUUAUCUAGAUAUCUCCACAAAGAGUUUUUACACAUCGCCUUUGACUGAAACAAGAAUCCCAACAUAAAAGCUUGCAAAUCUCAUGGAACUUUGCACAGGUUUGCUGUGUAUGUUAAACAUUGCAAAGACUGCCAUUUGCAAUGCACAAUGUUUCGUGUACACUGUGUACAUAAUAGUAAUGUAUUUUGUUUUUACAAUUCAAAUGUUAAUUGUAAAAUACUAAACAUAAUUUUGAUAAAAGUGACUUGGUACAUUUUGAAAAGUGUAACUGUUUAGAGUUUUAUAUCCUUGUUUUAUGAUUUUUUCCCUAUAUCUUUUAUAAGAAAACAUAAAAUAUUAGAGAGCAAGAAGUCUUUGCAUUUUUUCAGUUGAUGGCUUGCAGAUGUAUGCAGUGUCUUAAAAUGUGAAGAAUUUCAUAUAAAAAUGUGGUUUUGUAUAUUCUAAUUGCUCACUAUAAAUAGACUUGGGAGUUUAUAGUUCUUUUUUUCUGUACAGUCUAAUAAACACUAUUAAAAAAACUGUAAAUGUUGUUAAGUAUAUCUAUGUGUGUAACAGUAAUGCACAAGCUUAGUGGGAUCCAUUAACAAUUCAUUUUUAUAGAAGGUAUUAAUGCAAUUAAUGUUGUACAAUUUAGUUUUUAAUACUGAAUUUGUUUUUUCUCAACUCAUGCCAUUAAUGUAAAAUGGAAUUAAUACAUUUUGUACUGUUGUUUAUUGAUUUAUCAUAAUGUGCAAGUUUUUAAAUAUAUUCUCUUAAUUCAUUUGUUGGACAAUGCAUUUCUUGACAUUAACUGGAUGCAUUUAACACUACAUGUUUAAGUAGCUUACCAGUCAU